AGAGAUGAAGCGCCUCCUCACGCUGGCUUGGUUCCUGGCUUGCAGUGUGCCUGCAGUCCCAGGGGGCUUGCUAGAACUGAAGUCCAUGAUUGAGAAGGUGACUGGGAAGAACGCCGUAAAGAACUACGGCUUCUACGGCUGCUACUGUGGCUGGGGCGGCCACGGGACCCCUAAGGAUGGCACUGAUUGGUGCUGUCGGAUGCACGACCGUUGUUAUGGGCUACUGGAGGAGAAACACUGUGCCAUCCGGACCCAGUCCUAUGACUACAGAUUCACACAGGACUUAGUCAUCUGCGAACACGACUCAUUCUGUCCAGUGAGGCUCUGUGCUUGUGACCGGAGGCUGGUCUACUGCCUGAGGAGAAACCUCUGGAGUUACAACCCUCUUUACCAGUAUUACCCCAACUUCCUCUGCUAAUGUCCUCUGUGGGCUCUGCCCCGGGAGUGCCUCCCACAGUGGCGGCCCCCCCUCUGCUGUAUUCCUGAUGCGUCCACCCAAGGUCUUGGAUCUGCCUUCCUCUGUGUACCGCUGGG